UUCGUGCAAGCUGCCGCUCACCGCCUUGAAGCUCUCCCAUUUUCUGCCGCCUCCGCUCCCGACCUCCGCCCCGCUCCAGACGGAGAAAAAUGUUUGUUCCUCCCCGCCAUCAGCCUGCAACAUAGCAUAUCCAUUGCCUCUGUCUCUACAUAUAUAUACACAUACAAAUAUCAUGAAAAUCCUCGAGCCGCAGUCCGCCAUCCUAACAAAUGUGGAGGUACUGGCCCAUUUCAGCCUGAACCCGCCGCGCAGACCUCCCAAUCCACCACCCAAUUCGAGGAAUUUUACGCCGAGUCCGGAUUUGAGGGAUCAUAAUACUGUUGUUAAGGAGUUCCACGACUACGUAACCCGUCUCUCUCCGCACCUACUCAAUUAUCCAAGCUUUACGCCGCCAAAGCCGGAGGCCGACGAUAAGAAGAAUAAGGAUAAGGAUAAUAAUAAUGACAAUAACGAUGAUUAUAAUAUAAAUACUACAUCUACAUCUACAUCCCUAACGGGACCACCACCACGGCCACAACCUCCCGCACCGCUCCAAUCACAAACAACUGACCUCGACAACGCGCUACGGGAAAUAAUAAGGCGUCUCCGACCCUUCCAACUCACAAAGGCGGAGGUUCUUAUGAUUGUGAAUUUGGGGAUUGGGCUUGACGCGAGUGCAGGUGAAGUAGGGGAUGCGGAAGGGGAAGGGGAGGAGGAGGGUGAGGAGGGCGCCGCUGCUGGUGCUUCUGCUACAGAGGGGGCAAGGACAGCUGAUGAGAUGGAUGUCGAUGGUGAGGUAGAUGGGGAACAAAGAGGAGAGGGAGAGGGAGAGGGACAUGGGGCUAUUGACGAGGAAGCGGACUAUGGGGCGCUUGCGUUGCUAGAUACGGUUAUUGAGGAUCGGGAGGAGAGGCUGAGUACUGAGGAUGUUGGGGAGAUAUUGAGGAUUGUUAGGGAGACGUUGGGGGGUAAAGGGAGGGGGAAGGGGAAGGGGAAGGGGGAAGAGGGAAGUACUGUUGCGGCUGCUGGGUGAUGUUUUAUGCUUUGUUUAUGUUCACUAUAUAUCCAUUUGGUUUAUUUAUGUCGUGGGGAGUUUUUUUAUUUGGUUGGAUUAUAUAGAACAUGGGCAUUCAGGUGGGAUUACUCCCGUUUUUCCGAGAGGAUGUAUAUGUCUUUUUCUAUUACUUUGUCUUUGUAGUGGGCGUCAUGGCAUUUAUUAACAUAUAUUUUCUUUGUGAACUCUACAUUACCUUCGAAGCUUUAAGCAAAAAGCGACCUUUGCACAGGAAACUUUAUAGAAACCGCGGAGGCGAGAUUUGAGGACAUUAUCGGCACCGUCUAAUAAGCAAAUUCAUUUAAGGCAACUUCCGUAACUUUGUAAAAUAAUAAAAUUACAUCCCAUGAAUAGAAACGUCUAUUAAAAAAUUCCUAAACCCACCGGGAAUCAG